AUGACUGGCCCCCCUCGCUCCGCACUGACUCCGGGAUCAAUCCGGACGGCCAUUGGGAGAAGCCGAGGGCAGCUUAGUCGCGGCCGGUUCCCGUUCACUUCAGCACGCGAGGGCCCCCACGGGGCCAGAGCCAAGGCCACGAUCCCUACCGCCCUCCCCUCGGACAAGGCCACCGAGGCUCCCGGAGCCGGGCCUGGUAUCCGGCGGCGGCAACGGAGCUUAAAGGAGAUUCCACGUCUAGGGCAGCUGCGCUUCUUAUUUCAGCUGUUUGUUCAAGGCUAUGCCCUGCAGCUGCACCAGUUACAGGUGCUUUACAAGGCCAAGUACGGUCCAAUGUGGAUGUCCUACUUAGGGCCUCAGAUGCACGUGAACCUGGCCAGUGCCCCGCUCUUGGAGCAAGUGAUGCGGCAAGAGGGCAAGUACCCAGUACGGAACGACAUGGAGCUAUGGAAGGAGCACCGGGACCUGCACGACCUGACCUAUGGGCCGUUCACCACGGAAGGACACCACUGGUACCAGCUGCGCCAGGCUCUGAACCAGCGGUUGCUGAAGCCAGCGGAGGCAGCGCUCUAUACGGAUGCUUUCAAUGAGGUGAUUGAUGAUGUUAUGAUUCGACUGGACCAGCUGCGGGCAGAGAGUGCUUCGGGGAACCAGGUGUCGGACACAGCUCAACUCUUCUACUACUUUGCCUUGGAAGCUAUUUGCUACAUCCUGUUCGAGAAACGCAUUGGCUGCCUGAAGCGAUCCAUCCCCGAGGACACCGUGACCUUUGUCAGAUCCAUCGGGUUAAUGUUCCAGAACUCACUCUAUGCCACCUUCCUCCCCAAGUGGACCCGCCCCGUGCUGCCUUUCUGGAAGCGAUACCUGGAUGGUUGGAAUGCCAUCUUUUCCUUCGGGAAGAAGCUGAUUGAUGAGAAACUCGAGGAUAUGGAGGCCCAACUGCAGGCAGAGGGGCCAGAUGGUGUCCAGGUGUCUGGCUACCUGCACUUCUUGCUGGCCAGUGGACAGCUCAGUCCUCGGGAGGCCAUGGGCAGCCUGCCUGAACUGCUCAUGGCUGGAGUGGACACGACAUCCAACACGCUGACAUGGGCCCUGUACCACCUCUCAAAGGACCCUGAGAUCCAGGAGGCCUUGCACGAGGAAGUGGUGGGUGUGGUGCCAGCCGGGCAGGUGCCCCAGCACAAAGACUUUGCCCACUUGCCGCUGCUCAAAGCUGUGCUUAAGGAGACUCUGCGCCUCUACCCUGUGGUCCCCACAAAUUCCCGGAUCAUAGAAAAGGAAAUUGAAGUUGAUGGCUUCCUCUUCCCCAAGAAUACCCAGUUUGUGUUCUGCCACUACGUGGUGUCCCGGGACCCCACCACCUUCUCUGAACCUGAGAGCUUCCAGCCCCACCGCUGGCUGAGGAGCAGCCAGCCUGCUACCCCCAGGAUCCAGCACCCAUUUGGCUCUAUGCCCUUUGGCUAUGGGGUCCGGGCCUGCCUGGGCCGCAGGAUUGCAGAGCUGGAGAUGCAGCUACUCCUGGCAAGGCUGAUCCAGAAGUACAAGGUGGUCCUGGCCCCAGAGACGGGGGAGUUGAAGAGUGUGGCCCGCAUUGUCCUGGUUCCCAAUAAGAAAGUGGGCCUGCAGUUCCUGCAGAGACAGUGCUGAGCUGAGUCCCCACCUUGCUGGGGCUUGUCCUAGAGGCUCCAGCCCUGACAUAGUGGUUCCUGGCUGCUGCCUGUCUCAGAUGAGGAGGGAGAGAAGGAGGCCGCCAGACUUGAGAGGUGGGAGGAACUCCCUGCACUUCCCACAGACCCUGAGCUUUUGCCACUUCUAUCAUUUUUGAGCAACUCCCUCUCAGAUAAAAGGCCACCGCUUUAUUGCAUUGCUGUCCUUGGGUAGAAUAUAAAAUAAAGGGACUUUUAUUUCUUAUCGGA